AUGUUGAGGAGAAGUGUGACUAGGACAGACACCCCCCCUCUAAAGAAAACCGGAUUACCAGGACUCCAAACCAUUGUGCCAGGUCUAAAGUGGGACUGCUGGAACUGGACGGUCUGCACUACUACUGGGUUUAGAGCCAGAUCACUGGGACUACAGCUGGGUUACUGAACCUGCAGGAAGGUCACUGCGAGGACACGUCUAAAUCAUCAAGUAGAGACUAGACGUUUGCUGGGAUGCUGCUGGGUUUCAUGGCUUUGAGGUUCUUCAUUCAAGCUUGAAAUUAGUUGGCGGAAAAACCUUUUCGGAGAAAGAACUGCUUGAAGUGAUCAGGCUGAGGUUCGGUGCCACUAACAUAGAUUUUGUUCAUCUAUAGCCAUCAAAGCAUCCAAGUGUCCUUUAGAAGUAACAUGUCUGGAUUGAAGUACCAAGGAAAUACUUGAAUUUUAGGAUUCUUAUAGUGGAGAAAGUACUGUUUAAGGUUCUGACAGCAUCUCUUGAGUUGUGUUUGUAGUGUAAAAUAAAGUUUGAGUAGGAUAUUAUUGGAUUUACAACAGGGUUACUUGUUCUCCACGGAUACUGGGACUACUUUUUACUGGUAUUACACCAGGGUAACAGAAACUAAAGGUACUACAGCCAGGACCAGAUACAAGUCACAAAAAAAAAAAACAUCUUUUUUUUUGGGUCUACUUGUCUGCAUCAGGCCAACUUGACCACAGAGCAUUUCAGAAGUCUGCAUGUUGAGGAUUAAAGCUGUUUUUUGAGAAUCUAAAACCACAUUUUGAGGACUAUAACCAGAUUACUGUUUUCAAAAACACUACUGCUCCUACAUCAGUGUUAAUGGGAUUAUAAAAUACCCUGGUCCUAGAAAAGUUAGCAGCUACUGUGUCUGCAAGCGAGUCACCAAGCUCACAACACAUAUUUUUGGGGGCACCAGGCAAGUUCUUAAAACUAUAAAGCCAUAUUAUCCUCACUAUAAGUAACUGUUUAUCACUGUUGGAACAUGAACCUUAAGUAGCGGGGACUCUAUUAAACUUUAUUGGACCAAUAUUCAUCAUGUCUUUGAGCAAGACCCUCGAGCUGGAGCACUUUGACGAACGCGACAAGGUUCGCCGGGGGCGCUCCACCCGCAGCAAGAGAGAUGACUCCACAGGCGGUGGCGGGGGGUCUGGCCCCAGCUCCAGGGGCAGCAGCCUGGUCCCUAGCCCUGCCCACAGCGCCAACUGCAGCUACUACCGGACCCGAACCCUGCAGGCACUCACCUCGGAGAAGAAGGCCAAAAAGGUCCGGUUCUAUCGCAACGGGGACCGGUACUUCAAGGGUCUGGUGUACGCUGUUUCCAGUGACCGGUUCCGCUCCUACGAUGCGCUGCUAAUGGAGCUGACGCGCUCGUUGGCGGAUAACCUGCAUCUGCCACAAGGGGUGCGCACGAUCUACACUAUAGAUGGCAGCAAGAAGAUCACCAGUAUGGAUGAGCUGGUGGAAGGUGAGUGCUACGUUUGUGCCUCCAACGAGCCUUACCGUAAGGUCGACUACACCAAGAUCUCCGUCCCAAGCUGGAAGCCAGGUGCCAGCUCUGGGACAGGUCCCGGGAGCUCAACCCGGCCCUCCACAGCGUCCACGGGGGUGUCGGCAAGCACGGCUACCACCACCAAAGAGCGACCUGAAAGUCGUGAGGGCAGAGAGAGCAAAGACUUUAUCAAGCCCAAGCUGGUGACGGUGAUCCGCAGCGGCGUGAAGCCUCGCAAGGCUGUGAGGAUCCUGCUGAACAAGAAGACGGCUCACUCCUUCGAACAAGUGUUGGCCGACAUCACAGAGGCCAUCAAGCUGGACUCCGGGGCUGUGAAGAGGCUGUACACACUGGAUGGGAAACAGAGUGCAGAGCCAAGGUGUCUCGUUCUACCGCCCCUCCAAAAACCACAACUCCCAAGACUCCUAGCAGCUCCGGUCUCUCCACCUGCAAGACUCCCCCCAGAGGCCCGUCCAGAACCAAGUCUCCUGGCCCAGCCAAUGAGGGCUCAGGAUCGCAGUCAGCUGGGAAGUCGGCCAGGUCCAGCCCCUCCCCCACCAGCCCCGGGACACGACGCAGCCUCAAGAUGUCUCCCCACCGCACUUCCUCCACAGAUGUAAACGGAGAGGCCGAGCAGGCGGACGAAACUGUCGAAGUGAACGGUAAUCGAUCCGUUUCUUCCUCCAUCAUCAACGACAAGUACCAAGUCGGUAAAGUGAUCGGGGACGGGAACUUUGCUGUAGUGAAAGAGUGCGUGGAGAGGUCGACGGGACAGGAGUACGCUCUGAAGAUCAUUGACAAAGCUCGCUGCUGUGGGAAGGGUGGCGACCUGUUCGACGCCAUCACCUCCUCCACUAAGUACAGUGAACGUGACGCCAGCGCCAUGGUGUUCAACCUGGCCGGAGCCAUCAAGUACCUGCACCGGAUGAACAUCGUCCACCGAGACAUCAAACCAGAGAACCUGCUGGUGUGCGAGUAUCCAGACGGCACUAAGUCGCUGAAGCUGGGCGACUUUGGUCUGGCGACGGUGGUGGAGGGACCGCUCUACACUGUGUGCGGCACACCGACGUAUGUUGCCCCGGAGAUCAUCGCUGAGACUGGCUAUGGUCUGAAGGUGGAUAUCUGGGCGGCGGGAGUGAUCACCUACAUCCUGCUGUGUGGAUUCCCUCCAUUUAGAAGUGAGAAUAAUGUGCAGGAGGAGUUGUUUGAUCAGAUCCUGAGAGGGAAGCUGGAGUUUCCGUCUCCAGACUGGGACACAGUCAGCCUGCCAGCCAAGAUGCUGAUUAGUCAGAUGCUGCAGGUGAACGUGGACACUCGCUUCACUGCAGAGGAGGUCCUGUCGCACCCCUGGGUGACGGAUGAGGCCCCCGUAGACUCCAACACUGUGAGCAGCACUGAAGAGCAGACCAGUGGAGACGCACUGGAACCAGAGAACGAAUCCCCAAUACUGGAAACCAAACAAGUUCCUUCACCUCUGGUCUAAAACCCCUUUCAUCAACUGGAAACCGAACACAACACUGCUUGUUUGAUCUACGUUUCCUCACCUCUGGUGCAGACUCAUCCUGGAAACCAGACGAGUUCUCUCAAAUCUGGUCCAGAUGUGUUCUGUUUUUUCCAAUGAAGACCUCCAGUGUAGAAUCAGAACUUCCUGUUUGAUCUUUUGGAAGCCAAAUGCAUCCUCCACCAUCUGGUCUAGCAUAGGAUCUGUUUCACACACUGGAAAACAAAUGACCCUCUUAAAUCUGAACUAGAACGAAUCCUUAUUUAUUUAUUGGAAACCAAAUCACUGUUUCUGGACAUGUUCCAUUUCAACUUCUGGAAACUGAACAGAAUAUUGUGAUUAAUCUACUGAAAACUGAGCAAGUUCCCUGAAAUCUAGUCGAGAG